AUGAAUCAACAGACAAUCUUAGCCGGUCUCCUGAGUGUUGCCUUGGCAUCACCCCAAUGGUACCCCCAACCAGCCUACCACGGAGCUCACGCCGGGUACGCACACGGAGCAGCAGCGCCCCUUGGGCCUGACGGUCGGGUAGUAGAUACCCCCGAGGUAGCCGCCUCAAAAGCCGCGCAUUUAGCCGCUCUUGCCGAAGCAUCCGCACGCGCGCCCCAUGGACCCGCCGAUCACCACGACGGAGCUUACCACGACGGAUGGAACGCUCCCAACCCCGCCUACGCCCCAGCUCACUUGGGACCACGGUACCACGGACCACCAGCUCCCCUUGGACCCGACGGUCGCGUCGUAGACACCCCCGAGGUCCAAGCCGCUAAAGCUCACCACUUCGCUCUUUUCAACGCUGCCGCUCACUCUGCUCCCGCUGGUCCAGCUCACGCCGCUCCAGCUUACCCCGCUCACGCGGAUUACGACUCAGGAGCUUACAACCCCGCGUGGGACAGUCCCGCCUGGAACCACUAUUAA